AUGAAGCAUUCAUUAUUUUUGCUUUAUUGCUCAUUUUUUAUACUUGAUCUUGUUAAUUCAACUAAAAGAAAUUAUGGAAAGGAUGGACAACAUAAUUUCAAUCCUUCACGAUACCGUGGUGUCGAAACAAGCGAAACAGAAACUAGUGGUCAUGUAGGAACUGGAACAGGAAGCAUACCCUCAAAUACUGAAGGAUACACUCAAGAAGUGAAUCCUUCUGGCCUACAAACUUUUCAAACAUUGUCAAAUUUGAAUCAAGAUUUAGGCAAUAAUCCGUUUUUAUUUUUACCUCAACAUCAACAAAUGAAUGUAGGAGGACAAGUGUUUAUGGAAAACCAAGGUUAUUCUACCAAAUGUGAAUGGAACGGAUGUGGAAGAGGUAAAUAUCGCUACUGUCACUGGAUGGGGUGUGAUGGAAAGUCAAUGUUAACACGAAAUUUUCCACAGCAUAUUAGAACACAUACAGGAGUAAAGCCUCAUGUUUGCACGUAUGUUGAUCAAGAUGGUGUUAGUUGUAAUAAGGAAUUUUCUCGUCAGGAAACUUUUAAAGCACAUAAACGUGAGCAUACAGGAGAAAAAAUUACGUAUAAAUGUGCUCAUGCUAAUUGUGAUAAGACUUUUUCAAGUAUCAGUAGCAAAGCUAAACAUGAAAAAAUACAUAAAGAUGAAAAUUAUUAUAGAUGUCCAGUAUUUAUGUGUUCUAAACCAUUUAAAAGUUUAACUUCGCAGAAAGACCAUGUUUGCAAGGAACAUGGAAGAUAUGUUUGGGAUUUUAUUAUAAAAAAUAAAAGAAUGAAAAAAGCAAAAAAUUAUGGGGUAAUUGGAAUAAGGGAAGAUGGAACUCCUUACGCGUUAGUUUUUUUUUCUUAA